UGGCAGAAACGAGUAAACGUAUUUAAUUUUCACAACCUCCAAGCCAACCUCCACUAUAUUCUUUACUUUCUUUCUCCGCUUUCUCAAAACCUAGAAAAAUUGACUUCAGAUGCAAAUGGGUUCACCCCACAAACCCUAGAGACCCACAAGUCCUCAAAAAACCAAAGAUUCAGCAGAAACCCACUUCACGCAAUGGCCGUAUUAUCCAUUUCCAGGAACUUCACUGCCUUAACUUUCUUUGUUUUCUUCUUUAAAUCCAUAGCUGCAGACCCAGAUUCUUCUUUCUCGUUCACACGGUUCGGGAACGAUCCAAAAAUUGAGUCCAAAAUCGGUGUGUAUGGGGAUGCAAAGGUUGUUAAUGGUGGGUAUGCCGUUCAGCUAACUGGUCCGGAGAGUUCAAUUGCUGGGGUAGUCAUGUACAAGAGCCCCAUUAAACUUGUCGAAGGUAUGUCUAGAAAAUUGGUUUCUUUUUCGACGUACUUCUCCUUCUCGAUGUCUACCGGUAACAGUGAUGGUUUGGAUUUCCUUAUGGUUCCAAGUGGUUUCAAUGAUACUAGUCCAUUUGAGCUUUCUCUAGGAUCUGGGAAAAGUAAAUUUGAGUUUGUUGCUGUUAGAUUUAAUACAUUAAGGGAUAAUAAUGGUGGUUUGGUUAAGAAUCAUGUAGGAAUUGGUGUGGGUAGUGUUUUAUCAGCGGGAUUGAGCAAUGCGUCUGUUUAUAACUUGGCUCCUCGUAGUGAAAAAAUCCAUGCUUGGAUAGAUUAUGAAGCCGGUUCAAAGGGAUUAGAGGUUAGGUUGGGUCAACAUGGUGGUUCGAGGCCCUCUAGUCCGUUGCUCUCGUACCAAAUUGACUUGUCCAAAGCGUUGGAGGAUGAGGAAGUGUUUGUGAGCUUUCGGUCGUCGGCUGGGAAUUCUUCCAAGACAUGUUUUCUGCAUUCGUGGAGUUUCAAGCUUCGAUAUGUUCCGAAUUGGAUGCAUUCUGAGCCAUUGGAUCCUAAGGCCUUUGCUAAAAGCACCAAAACUUUGGCAGUUCCAAAGAGAAGUGAUUGCCUCUCGAGGGUGCUCGCUGCCAUGAUUUUCGGUGCUGCCUGUGGAGCAUUGGCAGCAUUUACUGUGUUGUAUUUGUGGACAAUCUUUGGUAAUAGGCGUCCAGUGGCGCCGGAGGAGUUUUCCAUGCAGCCCAUGGAUUGCGAGUACAAAAAAGUUCAAAUAGUUGUAGAUAAAGCCUUCGAAGAUGGCAAGAAGUAGGUGUUUGGUGUUUUCUGUUCGAUGCUGUGUUGUAAAUCAGUGUCUUGUCUGCUUGUAUCUUCACGUUUUGUUGUAUUGCUGUAAUUUGGUGAUCAAUUGUCAAAAUUUAGUUUUUGUUA